AUGUGGCCGCGACGGGUGUACACGCGCAGGAGGCGGGCGGGCGGGCGGCUCAACGUCACGCCCACGCCGGGCCUCGAGGGGCCGCCAGGCCUGCGCCCUCCGGCCCUCCGCGGGCCGCUGACGCGUGCCGCCCGGCCUGUCGCAGGCCGCAAAGGGAAGGGGCGGGAGCGGGCUUUGCAGAGGAUAACGGAGCAGCCGCCGCCGCUGAGCGGGCAGGGCGAGAGCUCCGGGCCGGACAGGUGCGUGGGCCCCCAGCGCGGCGUCCUUCUGCAAGCCGGCCGUCCUGGUUUCUCUGCUGGCCAGCGUGCCUUUCCAAGAAGCGACAAGACAAUGAGUAGAACGGUGUCUCUCUUAGCACAGACUCUUAAAUGUGACUCUGACACUCAGUUAGGAGUUACAGAAGUUAAAAGCCUGCAAGAAAAUAGCACUGGUAAAGAGACCCCGGAUGUGAAGAUUGCUCCAUUGAGUGAGUCAGUGACUAAUGACUUCAAGACUGAUGCUUGUUCAUCAAAUAGUGAGCUAGUAUCAGGACUAAGUUUGCAGCAUGAUGGUUCCAGUUCUCUCUCGAGCGACAUAGUCGCACAGUCUUGCACAGAGCACAAGAGCACGGGAGAGGAUAUGAGCUUCUCGUCACCUGAGUUGUUCAGAGGACCAGACCAAUGGGACUGGGAAUGCCCUAAGUUGGAAGACUAUGUGCAGCGCAAGAACUCCACUCUUCUGGACAGCAGUAGAGCUGUAGCAGUAGAGAUGGCACCACAGCUUGCAAACCUGUCAGCAAUUCUGAGUACCUCUUCAGAAGACUAUCAAAAGUGUCAUAGAAAAGUAGUGAAGACAUUAGCAGACCAAAAUAUUGCUCCAAAACUAAAGUGUACUUCAGAUUCAGCAUUAGAUAAUGCAGUUUAUAAGACUAUACUUACAGAGAAAACGUGCUCUCCAACCACCAAAAGCACAAAGAAAAAAAAAAACAGUUCUAAUAUUCCUGGAAAGAAGAGCAAAGGCUUGUUAACAAGCACACCAUCUUCAAAGACAGCAGAUUUUAUGAUUGAUUUGUCCACAAUGCAAGAAGCAUCUUUUGAAGGACUAUUUCCAGAUGUCAGUAAUGAUGUUAAUUCAAAUGAAAUCGUUCCUGUGUCAAGUCAACAGAAUUUUCCAAAUGAGCUUCCUUCAAACACUUCAGAAAUUUGUUGUAUAAUUAAGUUAUCUCCAGGAACUAGACAAAUGAGAAGUAAAGGUGUUUCUGUAGAAAAGAAGAAUUAUCCUCUUCCUAAAGAUAUUCCUCAAGGACCCUGUUCACUGCGCUGCCUGCUCGUUAACUGCCAGCCCUUUGCUGACUACAGAAAAAACUUAGGGAAAGUGAACCACAAGACACGUUCUAGAAGCAGUGUUUCCGAAAAUGGUAACUGCUACAUCAAAGAGCCCAUAGAAUACUUCUAG